AUGGCGAUUCCUAUGAGCGGUACUGCCUUAGUGACUGGUGCAGCUUCGGGUAUCGGUCGUGAAGUGGUAUUGACACUUGCAAGAGGUGGCAUUGGUGCACUGGCCCUCGCAGAUGUGAAUGGAUCUGGACUCUCUAUCACGGAGCAAUUAGCUCUGCAAAUCGCACCGAAAGCUCAAGUGCGAAAGUUCAUGGUCGACAUUGGGAACAAAGAACAGGUAGACGAUAUGCUUACCUGGAUUGUGAGUAAUUUUGGGCGGCUGAACUAUGACCUUCCGAUUGAAGAGUAUGAUCGAAUCUGCAAUGUCAACGCCCGUGGCACGCUGCUGUGCAUGCAGGCCGAGAUAAAGGCAAUGCUUCAGCAAGAACCAGUUCAAACCCUGCCAUAUAAGACUGCACACCCCCCCGAACGUGGAACUAUAGUUAAUUUGGCAUCGCUCGCGGGCGUUGGCGGGAUCAGCCAGAUGGGUCCGUACGUCGCUUCAAAGCACGCCGUGGUUGGAAUCACUCGAACUGCGGCCUUGGAAUAUGCGAGAAAGGGUAUUCGAGUAAACGCCAUAUGUCCGGCUCAGAUCUCGACGCCGAUGAUCACGGCAACGCUGCAGGGACGAGGCAUUGAUACGAACGAGAAAGAAUCGGCCGCUUAUCACGCAAAUGUGGCAGCCAAGAUUCCCGCCGGCCGAUAUGGAUAUGCAGAGGAGGUAGCGGAUGUCUGUGUGUUUCUAGCUAGCGGUCAUUCCACCUUCAUCAACGGAGUCACACUGAACGUGGAUGGAGGUGUAAUGGCUGCGACAAGUUUCUAUCAGCCAGUGGACGAUAACUAA